CGAACCCGUGUUCACUCCGCCUCUCGCGUGUCACUCGUGUUUUUAGCAUGUUCUCGUCACUUUCUGCUGAAGGGAGUCUGCCUCUGUCCAAGUCAAAGUCCUUUCACCAAACGUGCUUUUACAAACCUCUGCAUGUGUCGCGUGCUUAUGAGAAGCGCAGAACCCCUGGGCAGAGCUGUCAAGUGCCCGCUGCAGCUUCAGAGGAUUAAUAUGUGCUAAAGGUGGCUAAGCUAGCUAACAACAACAUCAUCGGUGACUGGUUUGAGUGAAAGCUGCCCAUUCUGGACCAGGUAUUGCAGUCUGGACACUGCUGCAGAAAUGCAAGUCCCGGACUUAUUCGUGUCCGCUCCAGGGAAGGCGAUCCUGCACGGAGAGCACGCGGUUGUGCACGGCAAGGUGGCUCUUGCAGUGAGUUUGAACUUGAGAACAUAUUUAUCGUUGAAAGGCACCACCGCUGGCAGUGUUUGCAUCAACCUCCCAAAUAUUGACACGUUCCUGUCCUGGGACCUGUGCGAACUGAAACGGCUUAUUCCAUAUUCCUGCGGUAAGACGGAGGAGGUGAAACGUCUGGACGCUGAACUUGUGAGGAAACUACGUGAAUUCGUCGGUGUCACCAACGGAAACUUGGAUACCUGCAACAUGGCCACCUUAGCCUUCCUCUACAUCUACCUCUCAGUGUUUGGAUCAGGGGAGCUGCCCAGCCUGACGGUGACUGUGUGGUCUGAGCUGCCUACUGGAGCGGGACUGGGCUCAAGUGCCGCCUACUCUGUGUGCUUAAGUGCAGCUCUGCUCUGUGCAAAUGGAACCAUCCCCGCUGCUCUCAAGGAGUGGGAACCCGCUGCCAGGUGGUGUCAGGAAGACUUAGAGCUGAUCAACAGCUGGGCUUUCCAAGGGGAGAUGAUCAUCCACGGGAAUCCUUCUGGAGUGGACAACGCUGUAGGAACAUGGGGUGGCAUGCUGAGAUUCUUGGCCGGAAAGAUAAUACCACUGAGCAGGGUUCCAUUAUUAAGAAUCCUCCUCACCAACACCAAAGUACCGCGUAGCACCAAGGUACUUGUUGCCAGGGUGAAGGACAAGAUUAACAAGUUUCCCUCCAUCAUGAACCCGGUGCUUGACUCGGUUGAUGCCAUUUCCUGCAAUUGUGAGAAAGUCCUCUCAGAGAUGACAUGUGAGCCCAUAACUGGAGAGCACUACAAUAUUCUAGAGGAGCUCAUCGAUAUUAACCAGCACCAUCUGAACGUGAUGGGGGUGGGACACACUUCCCUGGACACGCUGUGCCGGGUCACGUUGACCAAAGGCCUCCACAGCAAGCUGACUGGAGCAGGUGGGGGAGGCUGUGGAAUCACUCUCCUGAGACCAGAAACGGAGUCCUCUGUUGUCCAGACUACGGUGAAGGACUUGAAAGACUGCGGCUUUGACUGCUGGGAAACGAGUAUUGGCGGGCCGGGUGUCCAGCAGCACUCUGCUGCCUCGGUAAAGGAGGAGGUUCUGGAGAUUUUGAAACGGUACUGAGACUGACGUAAAAAAGUCUUCCUUUAAACUAACAGAAAGGAAACUGCGUCUGUGACAAAUGACUGAUAUUCAUGUUGAAAUGUUUUAAAAUUUACUGCUGUUCAGCCGCAAAGUUGUGUGUAUGGAGUCCUUUGUCCACUAGAUGUCAUCAGAGGCGCUCAAAUCCUCUUCAUUAAACAACCAUUUUAUGGUGAGACAUUUAUGAAUUAAUAUUCAGUUAAAGUUCAGAAUUCAUUUAUAGCUUUAUUAAAAUUUUAAGCGCAAAAAGGCCAACACAUUUUAAUGGAUCGGACGAUUGUCAUUAACUGCUCAAUCUUGGAAAUGUAGCGUCCAAUGUUGUUGGAACAUUUUUUUUUAUACAACCUAAUGGUUAUUAUCCAGAUUUUACCACUCUACAAAGAGAUGUAUGAAAGAAUUUGUGCUAUUUCUCUCCAUCAAUAUUGUUGGGACCAGGAAACGAUGAGGACUGCAAAGGACUUAUUUGCUUACAAUAUGAAAAUGAUUUGUUAUAAAUACAGACGUAUUCUGCAUUCAAUCAACAUUCAACCUAUUGUUUUAUUUGUAUUUACCUUUAAUAUAAAAGAGUAGAAAAUUAAAAAAAAUAAUUCUGUGACCUCCUUAUCUCAUAUAUUUAGUUUAAUGUUUUGUAAUCUUAUAUUUGAAAAGACAUGCUGUUUGUUUCUGCAGUUAACAACCUGCUCUCUGUUUUGUUUUGCUAAUGGAGGACGGGGAGAGGGGGACAGCAGGAGUGUGUGGCCUCUCUGGAGCCUCUGGAUUAGUGCCACUAAAAUGUGAAUCAACAA